AUGCGCCUCGUCCUCGCCGCCGCCGCCGCCGCCGCUGCCCUGCUCGCCACCUCCACAGGGGUGGCAGCGACCGCCGCCCCACCACGCGCGACCAUCACGCCUGCCCCACAUCCGCUUCCGCGCCGCGCGCCAAGCUUCACCUCGCACACUAUCACGGUGCCGGCGUACGGGCCGCAGUUUGCCUACGGCCCAAAUAACCUCUUCGACCCCGGCGCGCCAAAAGUCCAGCCGGGCAACACGACGACGACGUGGGAGAUUGGCGGCGUGCCCUCGUACGCGCAGGGCGUGCUGGGCGACUAUGCCGACAGCGUCGUGUUCGCCGACCAGGCCAACCCCAAGGGCGUCAAGACGCCCGGCAACCUCACGCUGAGCUUCUACGGCACCGGCGUCAAGCUGUACGGCUACUGCAAGAACGACACGCAGCUCAACGCCUGGUUCGACGGCAGCGAGUACACCGGCCGCUUCCUGUGCCGCGACUUUUCGGGCUCAAGCAAUGUCAUAUUCGCUACCGACUCCCAGCCGUUCCAGGGCCACACGCUAGCGCUGGGCCUGUACUACUCCAAGCUCGUUAUUGCGUACGCCGAAAUCACGACAAGCGUCUACGCGUGGGGAUCGACAGCCGACGACCAGUUGACAGAGGUGGACAUUGGCGCGUUGACCAGUAACGGGACGCUGAACGAGUACUAUGAUGCGCGGCAGGGCAACUGGUUCACGGACGACCAGGCCGGCACAGUCCUGACCAACGACCCCAAUGCUGUGCUGUCGAUGCGUGUACCCGUCAACACGACGUUUAUCGAGCUCAAGGCGCCCCUCGGGCCCGACCUGGGCAAGUACAGCUUCAACCUGUCCCUGCCUGCACUGUCGGGCGAGGCAAACUACACGAGACAGGGGUGGCGCGAGACGGUGCACCCGCCCACGACGCUAUGGUACGCUAGCAUCGACCCGACGCAGCAGUACACGCUCAACUUGACCUCGCCUGACGGGGGCAAGGUUGCGCUGUCGAGCGUCAACUUCCGGCUGGCCGAUAACUUCCCGAGCGUCAACGCGACCGACGUGGCGACGUCCGUCGCCUCGUGGCGGAGUAAGCCGACGGCUGGCAGCGGCGGCAUCCACAUCUCAGCCAAGGCGGGCAUGUGGAUUGGCAUUGGCGUCGGCAUCCUCGUCGUCGCGUUACUCAUCCUCGCUCUCCUGUCCCGCUUUGGCCUGAUGCACUUCCGCCGGAGAGACAGGCACAAGCGUCUCAGCCAGUUGCCGGAGGGUACGGGGCUCAACCGCCUCAAGUCGGUGUACCGUCCUCUGCGGCCUGACGACGACGACCACGAGGACGCGUUCACCGUGCCGCGGGACGCGCCACCUGUGCCGCGGCUGCCGCCGCCUGGGCGUUAUUAG